AUGUUCCGUCAUGUCUUGAGACAGAAGGCUUUCUCCCUGGCAGGAUGGCGAACACUUGAUCGAUGUGCGAGGCCUGGAGCCUAUGGUCUUAUUAGGUGCCAUGCCUCCUUAAGGCCGUCGGUCUGCAGGACACAUGUCCCGUACCCAUCACAACCGGCAACCUACGGCUGGCGAAGUAUUACCAGCCUGUCAUCCGAUAGUGACACCAUAUAUGCCCUCUCAUCUGCUCAGGGAAGGGCUGGCAUAGCCGUCAUUAGAAUAUCAGGUCCUGCGUGUAGUGAUGUAUACAAGGGCCUGUGUCCCUCGAAGUCCUUCCCCAAAGCGAGGCAUGCGGUAGUCAGGACUUUGUUUGAGCCCGGUGUGCCAGGAGAGCCAAACAUCCUAGAUUCGAGCGCCCUGGUUCUCUCUUUUCCUGCCCCUCGCACAGUCACCGGAGAGGAAAUCCUCGAGCUUCAUGUUCACGGCGGCCCAGCAACGGUGAAAGCCGUCCUUUCUGCCAUCCAAAAGUGUUCCGCCGGCACUGCCAUCCGCUAUGCGGAACCGGGAGAAUUCACCAAGCGGGCCUUCAUGAACGACCGUCUAGACUUGGCCCAGGUCGAAUCUCUCAGCGACACCCUUGCAGCGGAGACGGAAGGGCAGCGACGGGCCGCCGUCCGCGGCAGCUCCGGCACUCUGGGGAGGAACUACGAGGCCUGGCGAGAGCAGCUCCUGCUUGCUCGCGGGGAGAUCGAGGCGCUGAUCGACUUCUCCGAGGACCAGCACUUCGACGAGUCGCCCUCGGAGCUCCUCAGCAACGUCAAGAGGCUGGUGGAAGACAUGCUCCACUCGAUCCACCUGCACGAGAUGGGCAGCCAGCGCAGCGAGCUCCUCCGGAACGGCAUCCGCAUCGCCCUCCUGGGCCCGCCCAACGUCGGCAAGAGCUCCCUGAUGAACCUGAUCGUCGGGCGCGAGGCGUCCAUCGUCUCGCACGAGGCCGGCACCACGCGCGACAUCGUCGAGGCGAGCCUCGACAUCAGGGGCUACCUGUGCUCGUUCGCUGACACGGCCGGGUUCCGCACGAGGGAGGCACAGUCGCCGCCCGGCCCGGGCGGAAGAGAGAGUAUCGGCGCCGUCGAGGAGGAAGGGAUCCGGCGGGCCAAGCAGAAGGCGCUGGACUCGGAUAUCAUUAUCGCUCUGGCGUCGGUCGAGACCGCUAAGGACGGUCGAUGCCGCAUCAACUACGACGCUGAGACGCUGCGACUCGCGUCCGAGGCACAGCAGUGUCUGAUCGUAGUCAACAAGCGAGAUGCUGCCGCGGACGAGGAGGGGUUCAGACUCCUCGCCAAGGAUUUCAAGUCGACGGCACUCGCAUCCGUCCCGGGUCUCGAGGCGGCCGAGCCGCUCGCCAUCUCCUGCAGGGAGGCCGACGAGGCAUCGGCCGCAGUGAGGCUCAAGGAUCCCGGCGGCAUCCACUCGCUGAUCUCUCGCCUGGCCGACUCGUUCGCCAGCAUGACGGCGCUGCCCGGCGACAUGCAGGACCUGCUCGGCGUGACGGAGCGGCAGAGGCAGCUCCUCGUCGAGUGCCGCCUGCACCUCGACGAGUUCAUGGCCGAGGCGACCAUCUCGGCCGACGGCGCGGGGGAGGAGCCCGAUAUCGUCCUGGCUGCCGAGCAUCUGCGCCUUGCGGCAAAUUGCCUCGCUAGGAUCACCGGGCGAGGGGGGUCGGGGGAUGUUGAGGAAGUGCUGGGGGUCAUAUUUGAGAAGUUCUGUGUUGGGAAGUAA